AUGAUCACCAUCGACCAGGGCUUCACCCUGCUUGACCAGGUGAACGCGCUCAACGACGCUGCCGCCAAGGCCGUUCAAGACGCCACGGACAAGAAGCCAACUCUUGUCUCCGCCUGCGUCGGACCCACCGUCCUCGCUGCUCUCCAAGAUCAGCUCGCUGCCGCAAAGGCUUUCCAGGCCUCCGUCGCCAACCGAUUCAACGAAGGUGAAGAGCGUGACCUUGCUCUCCAGCUCUCGCAGCCCGCCAUCGAUAGCCUGCAGACCGGCGUCAACAACUUCUCCGACCAGACCUCGCUCCCUGCAGGCUGCGCAGAGCCUACGCCUUCCGGCACUCCCGAACCCACCCCCGAGCCCACCUCUGAGCCCACUCCUGAGCCCACUCCCUCAGAGACGUCAUCCGAGGCACCUUCCGGCACGCCUUCCCCUGAGCCCACACCUUCCGGGUCACCCUCUCCUUCCGGUUCAUCGUCCUCCGAGAUCCCCACCCCAACUGGUGGGAACCCACACCCAACUGGCGGUGCCCCAGGUACCUCCGGAGGCAGCCCACCAACUGGCGGUAACCCACACCCAACCGGUGGAGCACCAGGCACCAGCGGUGGCAGCGUUCCCAGCCAGACCGGCGGCCACGGCGUGCCCACCCCAACCAAGCCUUCCGGCCCUGGCUUCACCGGUCCCGUAUUUACCGGCGCAGCGGUUCCAAUGGGCGUUGCGAACGUUGGUGCCUUCGCGGCUGCUGCCUUCGCUGCUGUUGCGGCGUUCUAA